AUGCGCACUUGGAUUUUAUACGCUCUUGUGAUUGUUGCCCUCGUUGCCUGCUUCCAGCUGGCCGAGGCAAAGCCCGCAGUGACAAUAGACAGGGCGCCGCAUGACCUCGAUGUCAGUGGUGGAGGUAGCAAAGAAAUUGAAGGCAGACCCAAACGAAUGCGACCCAAGAAAGGUGGCAAGCAUGGUCGAGGCAGAGGAAAAUUGAACCAGCGUACGCACUUUUACGAUAGACCACGUUCUGUUGAGGAUGAUCGCAAACGUGGUAGGACUUUCGCGUGA